GAACCGACAACAUCUGUAUCGACAUCUGAACCAACAACAACUACACUUCCAACAACGACUGUGAAAACAACGACGCUCCCAAAUGUUGAGACUGAGGAGCCAACAACAACAGAGUCAACAACUGAACCAACAACAACCACACUUCCAACAACAACUAGUAAAAAGACAACACCCCCACAUGAUACGACUGAGGAACCAACAACAACGGAGUCAACAACAGGUGUGCGAACAACAACAACAAAUUCACCAACUCCACCAGAGAAGACAACUGCGGAAUCUACUGCAACCGUUUUUGUGACUGAUAUUGAAACAACGGAAUCCACUACAACUGUUGAGUCAACCACAGCAGUUGAACCGACAACGUCUGUAUCGACAACUGAACCGACAACAACGACACUUCCAACGACGACUAUGAAAACGACAACGCCCCCACAUGUUGAGACUGAGGAGCCAACAACAACAGAGUCAACAACUGAACCAACAACAACCACACUUCCAACAACAACUAGCAAAAGGACAACACCCCCACAUGAUACGACUGAGGAACCAACAACAACGGAGUCAGCAACAGAUGUGCGAACAACAACCAAUUCACCAACUCCACCAGAGGAGACAACUGCGGAAUCCACUGCAACCGUUUUUGUGACUGAUAUUGAAACAACGGAAUCUACUACAACUGUAGAGUCUACCACGGCAGUUGAACCGACAACGUCUGUAUCGACAACUGAACCAACAACGACUAUGAAAACAACAACGCCCCCACAUGACACGACUGAGGAACCAACAACAACAGAAUCGACAACUGAACCAACAACGAUCACAAUUUCAACAACGACUAUAAAAACAACUCCCCCACAUUAUACGACUAAGGGACCAACAACAGAGUCGACAACAGGUGUGCAGACGACCACAGAAACAACAACGCCACCACAUCCAACGACACACGACCAAACUACAAUCGUGCAGACUACUCAGAUUACAACUGAAUCAACGACUACUCCUGGUAUUACAACACCUGAUAACAGAGUGUGCGAAUGUGCAGGGUAUGGAGAUCCGCAUUACUUCACAUUCGACGGUAAAAGAUAUGACCACCAAGGUAACUGUACAUACAUAUUGUCACGUGAUGCCUCUCCUAAACACCAGUUCACGGUUUUAAUUCAUAACACGCCAUGUGCCGAUUUUCCUGGAACAACAUGCCCUGAGUCUAUGACAGUUCUUUACAAAAACUACACUAUUAAUAUGCAGCACGAUUUGGAG